AUGACUUUGAAGACGCAUCCGAUGUUGAUAAUAGCCUUGGGCGUCAUUCCGUGUUCCGUAGAAAUGGUAAUUAUGUCUCUAUGUUGCAAGGGAAUUCUGUUAUUCCCUUGGAAUUGGGCAGCAAUGACCGGGUCGAUACUCUCUGGAAUGUCACCGGUGGUGGCCAUCAACAACAUCCUAGGUCUGGCCGAAAAAGGCUACGGCGAAGACAAGGGACUGGCAACUAUGAUCUGCACAGCUGCGUGUAUCGACAACGUGCACAUUGUCCCCAUUUUCGUAAUUUGCUACUCGAUCGUCUUCGCAAAUGACAAGGGGAAAGGUAAAAUGUGGGUUUACAUACCCGCUGGUCUCCGAGACUUUAUAUUAGGCAUCCUGACGGGACUUGUCUUGGGAAUUUUGUUCACCUUUUUCCCUCAUCGAGGUCAUGUGAGUAUCUAUUCCUUAGGAUGGAGCGAAAAAUAA